AACUACCACAUGUGCAGAUACACACUUUCACCACUAGCGUUUCUGAUUCGAGCUUGUGAAUCGGUUCUAUUAAAAAGAGUCAACCAAGGUGAAUCGAUUGCUCACGAAUCGACCAUUACUAGCAAAAAUAAGGAUAUCGGUCAGCGAUAAAUACAGAUCAAAAUCUUUUGUCUGGUUUUGAUGGCUAUUCUAGCCCUCUUCUGUGAUUAUCCAUCAUGGGAAGCCAAGGUAACGCGUAUAGCUCUUCACCAGUCGGAUUUUCAUCGUCGAAAAAUGAAAUUAAGCCAAAGACAGCAGGGAUACUACGUGUAAUGCCAUGCACUGUGUCUCAGCUCCUAUCAGCCAGAGAACACAGAGACUCCUUCUUUAUAAGAGACAUAGAGCUCAACCAGGUGACUGUGGUGGGUUUGAUCAGAAGGACCAAAGCGACGCUUACACACCUUGUGUAUUCUGUGGAUGAUAUGACCGGCCCCCCUAUGGAUAUCAAACUGUGGCUGAAUGUUGAGCAGGAUGUCAAUAUGAAUCAUUGUGUCAUUCCUUCUGGGACAUACAUCAAAGCUGUGGGAAGCCUACGCUCCUUUCAGCACCACAGAUCCAUGGUAGCGUUCAACAUCCGCUGUCUGGAUGACUUUAAUGAGAUCACGUCACACAUGCUGGAGGUUAUUCAGGCCCAUCUGGAUAGCGAAAGCAGUUCAAAUAGUAUGAUAAACACAUCAUAUGCAAGUGACCCAGCCACCAUUGGUUUCACAGCCAAUCAGAAGCAGGUAUAUACUUUGAUUAAGAGGUGUCCUUUGGCGGAGGGCAUCAGUAUGCAGUGCCUGAGAAAUUCGCUCAAAUAUCUCUCCUCCUAUGACAUCAGGAAUUGCCUUCAGUUUCUUAUAAACGAAGGGCACAUUUUUUCCACAGUUGAUGACUACCAUUUCAAGUGCACUAAUGGCUAAAGUCAUUUGGUGACUUCAGUCUUUUAUUUUUGUUUCUAAUAGACAAUUAAAACAAAUUUGUCUGUCCUUGUAUAUUCAAGUAUAUUCUUGUAUACAUUGUAAAAACUGAUUUGUAAAUUUGAAUCUGUAAUCCAUUUGUUUUCGGUGUUUUGUUUUGCUCUCUCAGGUGUUUGUGUUCUUACACUCAUUUUUUUUUCAUUAUCUGAAUAUUUGGUGUAAUAAAGAAAACAUUACGUA